CUCAGCAAACAACUGGAAUAGUCGCUUUGCGACAUUGAAACCGCUAAGCCUAAUUGACGAAUUAUUACGAAUUUCGAUCAAGCUAAUGCAUUCUGUCCAGCCAAGCUAUAAUUAUUCUGGAUGAUUUUGUCACAUCAAGGUCCUAUCAGUAGUUUCAUGCGGAUCAGGCCGCUCCGACAGAAGCCGAAAACACGCCCCUGGCACCACUGUUAGCUAGGCUUCGCGGUGUGAGGACGUAGAACUCCGGCGACGUCUAAUUUUUCCACUAAGGAUAUGAUCUUUAUUCCAUCGCCUUUCGACGCCAAACCCAACCGAUCCGUCUUCCCUGACCAAGAUCUCACCGUUUCUGACAAAUUGCCGCUGACCUGCGUCCAUUUACGGAGUCGCCCUACACGUGAUCUGGGCAAGCGGCCGCGAGCCACGCAGCCCAUACCAAUCAGCGCAUUCGGGCCCAUAAAGCCAGCUACGACAAACAACCCGUAUAGCAGCAGGCGAGCUGUGAACGUCUAAGGAUAGUGGAUUCUAUUAACCAUAUCGUAGGAAAUCCAAGAAGGUGUACUUUUGUCGUCGCUAUCGACUUCCUCCGCUAUCAUAGACGAACGCCAUUACAACCAAAUUGUGAUACUGUUUGAGAGUUCGUUCAGCGACGAAGCGUUGCAAAAACGAUCGUCGUAUAGUGAAUGUUGCAAACAAAUCUCGGAUACAGCGGCGCUGCAACCGGAGUUUAGCGAUACGUAACUACAGGUUUCUAGUACAUUUGUGAGCGAUCAAAAAAAGGAAAAGCUGAACAUUCAAAAAAUUGUGGUCGAAUUGGUUAAUCAGUCAUCUUUAUCGUUCCUGUUGGAUUGCACGUGGCCGUAACAGCAAUCUUUGAAGCAGACAUUCAAGCGUUGCCCAUUUCGCUCUAGUUCAAUAUUGUAGAUCUCUUGCUAUCGUAGCUUCGCUAAGGGUAAACAUGAGUGAAGAUGAGUCAUUCGGAUCGGAUGAUGAUAUGCUGUCGCCUGGUGGGACGAAUGCGGCCCGAACAACGUUCGCCAAUGAGGACGAGAAACGGGCUCACCAUAACGCCCUUGAACGCAAACGGCGUGAUCACAUCAAACAUUCGUUCAAUUCGCUUAGGGACGCUGUGCCCAACUUGGAUGCGGAUUCCGGCAAAGUGAGCCGGGCGGAGAUUUUGAAGCGAGCCUCGGAGUAUAUUAAGAUGAUGCGGAAACGAAAUUCUGCACAUCAGCAGGACAUUACAGAUCUGCAGCGACAGAACCGAUCACUUGAACAGCAAAUCAACUCAUUACAAAACUGUCGUGAGAGCCCCCAUCCAGCUGCUGCGGGAGCUUUGGCCAUGGCCAAUUUGAAUGGGACAACAUCAGAUGACGAAACCGAUUCCGGUAUGAGCGGGGACGAGGAGCAACUGCGUAAGCGUAUCAAGACAUGCUGAAGCUCCAUAACAUGACUUAUUGAACGCUCUAUUAACGGUUGAGGCCAAUCGUCAGUACGGCCUCACAGAAAUUAUUUGUAUAUUGCCAGCGUACGAAACGGCGGAGAGCAAAUAUCCAAAAGUAGACGAAACAAGGAGUCCACCAGAUUUAUCAGAAAAUAUCGCCGUUACAACGACCGUCACAGUAAAUCAAUAUCUGGAGAACAUGGUGAUCAGACUUGCAGUGAGCGCCUACUUCUGAUGCAACAAGCCACGGUAAUAUUGUCUAGCAUCCACAAGAACCAGGAAAGGAAGUGAUCAAAGAAAUUGACCUAUCUGAAUCGAUUCGCAGGGACUUAUAGCCCGUUCCUCUGAUAUGUCUUCAGAGCUACUUUAAACCCUUUUUUAAUUCCACUUCAGGAAUCGAUUUCGAGCUAAAAGAUUGCCAUCAAUGUCGUUGUAGAAACGGUGCAGCAGACGGAGUUCGGCGUGGGCUUCAUAAAAAUACUGUAUUACGUAUCAGUGUCGUUGGCAAGGAGAGAGGGCAUUCGUUUGAUGGGCGUAAUGAUGGGUACGAUGAUAGGUCGCCGAAAAAAAACGUGAUAUUGGCCGAAAAAGAGCUUUAGUGGUGUGAGUGAACAGUGCUAUGUUGGUCUGCGAUUAUUAUAAUUACGAUGAUAUUACGUAUGUUGAUCAAGGAGGCUCAAUGGCGUACGGGAUAUGCAUCAUCUAUCAUUCUCCGAGGAUGUAAGCCUUGGUCUUACUUAUUUUCUUUAAACGAACAAACAUUGUGUUGAAAAGUAAUCAUUCUACAUUAAUUAAGGUACAUAAUUAUGAUGGUAAUGAAAUUGUGACUUAAAGCGGCCGACUCUGAUUUUCACUCAGUAAGACCAAUUUCUGAACAAGUACACGAAGAUGGCAAAAAAUACACGGCAAGGCUGUGUUUGUUUGAUAGCGCAAUAAUCAUGUAGAUAUCACAAUGGCACAUAUACAACAAAAGGGAUAUAUUUUGCGUGCAGAAAUGCCGUGUGUUUUUUGACGUCACGAAUCACCGAGAAACUGCAUCUGCGAAAUCAUUAUAGGCUGUAGAGUACGUAAAGUGUUCUUGACAUAGUGAACUGAAAUUACUUUACUGGGACACAUAGCAGAGAGAAAUCACUGAAGCUCUUUCGGCCAUUAUCACCGCUACCGCACAAAACUGUUUUGGGCAAAAAGUGCCACGAAACUAAAUAAAUUAAGAGGCAAAGCCUACACCACUGGACCCAGCGAAGAUACAAUUCACAAAUUUCAUACAUAUUGAAUAAAAUUUCCCCUAUCACACACUCUGACAGAGACGUGGCUGUCAACUUAUGACUUCAGCCAGGAGCAGGUAAAAAAACUUUAUAAUGUAGCAAAAAUUUUAUUCAUUUGUACGAUGGUAGAUCAACCAGAAGCAUGACCUCCCACACACACACAUACUUACAGUCAGAUACACAGACCCACACAUAAACGCACCCACACGGACGCAACACAUCCACAUCUAUAGACACCCACACGCGCCCCCAAACACACAUGUACACACACAUGUUGAACACUGCGUAAGAAGACCCCUUUCAAGCAGAGAAGACCUGGAAUACAAGGGUGGUAUAUCAGCCAGAUAAUAGCGAUGGUGUUGAGACAAUGAAACAGACCGAAAGCGAUGACCGAAAAGCGUCCUUUGUGCAAAUCUAAAUGCAGUGGAAAACAAUAAGAGGUGAGAGACGCUAGGUGGUCAAAUGCACUCUCGUCGAGAUGCUACUGCUUAUGAAGUCAAUUUGGCUCACCAUAUUGUAGCCGUCUCCGUUUGUUCAUGGGCGCAGCUGAGUUGACGCAGGAACGUAAGUGAUUCAAUGACUCGGUGCGUGUGUCGAAAACGAGGUGAACGUGUUGAGAACGAAGGACGGAUGGCGGUAAAGAGGCCAUGGCGCGUGGCGGAAGCCUCUUGGUGAACCAAAUGGUGAAUUAGCGGUUACCGGCGUGUCGUGAUGUGAUGAAGAGUCGGUGCGGUCUCGUAGAGAAAACGAGAGACCGGGAAAGAACACAUUUAAAUGUGAUUCCUUGCCUUUGCUAACCGAUCCUUUGUAGCACUUCUUCGGCGCGUUGGCCACUGCAGUAUGCGUGCGAUGGCCUGGUAGGUAUAAGAAAACAUAAACAAAAUGUGGUGUCGCUUGCGAUCACGAUAUAAAAUUUCCACAAACAAAGGUAUAACAAUAAUGACCAAGAGGCAAUAGCAACAACAAGAAAGACAAGCAAGGGUGUUUGGAAAGCAACAGGCAAACAUUGAUGAUUGCAUAGGAAGAAGAGAAAUUAAUUUUAUUAUUAUCAUGGUAAUUAUUAAUACUAUUGAUAACGACACGUACCAGGUAUCAUCGGCGAGCGCGGUGUAUCCCGCUUUGAGGAACACUCAGUGCGCCUCCUGCGAAGCCCCAACGAGUGGGAUGCGGCGAAUAUGAUAAUGAUAUAUGAUGAUAUGGAUGACAUUAUAUGGUACAUACAUAUAUAUAUAUAUGACGUGAUGAGACAAAGCAAAUGGGCCUAGGGCUCCGGUAUCUCGUGUAUAAAUAAACAUUAUAUAAAUGAAAGAAGGAAACAAUAAUGAAAUGAAACGAUGAAAGAAGAAAUAAUAAUAAU